GCGGCGAGGGGCGGAGCGGCAUGGGUGUAACGCACUGGGCAGCUCGGCCGGGGAUCUGAUGCGCGUUGCUUGGUUCCGCUGGGAAAGAGGUCCGCGGAGAUGGAGGUGACCGCUCUCGCGCCAGGAGCUGUCAGGAAGAAGCUCUGAUGGAUACUUUGCCUUUGACACCAGGAGAGCUGGUGUGUUUAGGAUCCAGCCUGGCCUUCUCUGGUCUCUUUUAUUACCUACACAGGAAGAAAGCCAAGGUGGUGACCAAGAUCCAGGAAGCACCAAAGCUUCAAGUCAACGACAGUCUUCCCAGCAUCCUCUCUGCCACAGGAAGCAGCUGCCUAGGCUAUGUUGCCAUUGAAGGAGUAGUCCAGCCCGUCGAGACGGCUCUGACCAGCCCAUACCAUGAAGAACUGCAGGGGGUGAUCGAGAGGCUGGUGCUAAAGGAGCACCGACUGAUCUGGAAUAGCUUGGCCCGCAGCUGGACGGACAGUGAGCGGGUGGUACUGGAGCAAGUCCACACGGUGCCGUUCGUCCUGGCGUCCCCCAGCGGCAAGGCCUCGGGGCAGGUGUGCGUGGAGUCGCCCCUCCACGCCGUCGAGCUGCCCGUGGAGACGGUGUACGAGCGCUUCCAGCAGACCUCGCACGGCUUCAAGGACUUGCUCAGUCACUACCUGAGCGGGGAGAAGCCCAAGGGCUUCCUGGAGACAGAAGAGAUGCUCCUGGUGGGGAGCAGCCUCACCGGCAUCGGCGAGCUCGCCCUGCACCGGGAUGGCUCCCUCCACCUCCAGCCCCCAGCGGACGGCACCGGCUACUUCCUGCGCCUGGGGGACUGGGAAGCCAUCCUGGCUGACCUGCGCUCAGUCAGCAGCUUCUGGAAGUGGGCUUCGCUGCUGUGCGGCUUGGCGGCUGCGGCUGUCAUCCUCCGUGCCCUUUGCCGAGCUUACCACCGUCACAAGGUGCACCAGGAGCAGGAGGCACAGCAGCAGGAGUUUGAGAACCUCCGGCGCCACCAGAGUGCCGGUCUGGAUCUGUCGGAAGAGCCGCCUGAGAAUGCCUGCGUCAUAUGCCUCACCAGCCUCCGCGAGUGCGUCCUGCUCCCCUGUGGGCACGUCUGCUGCUGCUUCCGCUGCUUCCAGGCCUUCCCCAACCGCACCUGCCCCAUCUGCAGGAGCCCCAUAGACCGGGUGGUCCCCCUCUAUCAAGCCUGAGGGUACAGCUUUGGGUGAUGUUGAAAGUGUCCCACUAGGUGCCCCCAAGAGAGCCUGCGAAGGUUAAGAGAACAGGCGUGCGAUUGCAUGGAAAGCAAGGGUGUCCUUUAGUGAUGUAGGGGUGCAAACUCUACCUCUUGAGCUGGAUGCACAUUCUCCUCCACUGCCCAAAAAUUAUUGUUCCUAAGAGGUGUGUCCAAAGAUGAUAUUGCAAUAGUUAGGUCAUCAUCUCGGCACUCCUAGGCUGGGAAGGAGCUGCAAGCUGUGUUGAUCCAUUGCACUUUCUGCCCAGAGGCAUGGAAGGAGCCGCCCCUGAGCUACUUGGACCUCUCCUGCCCAUGUGCCAAGUUGCCGCAGGAGACAGGAGGAGGACCUUGCAGAUUCAGCAGCGGGUGAGGAUCUUCAUCCCCAACUUCAGCUUCUUGGAAUCUGGGCCACGCUACACUCUGAGGCAACCUCUCUGAGCCCAGCUGACUACCAUCUCUCCCUGCUUUGACCUCCCCGGCCCCCAAGGAAAAAGGGUUGCAGUGGGUUAAAGGCAACACAUUUUAGAAAAACUUGCUGGAAGAACCACUUGUCCUCGUGCUGUACUGUAAGCUGGAUUUAGAUUUCGUAGUAGAGUUUUGUUUUUAUGGAGCACCUCCCUCUGUUAGCAAGCAGGACACAGGAGCAUUUACCUGCUUGGUGUAAUGUCGCGGCCUCUGCAACAGGACUACUGCUGCAGCUGCAGGAUCUGUGGGGAUGACUGACCUGGCCUCACGUUUGGGAAGGAAGGUUUUCAGCAUUGCACCAGCCUCAUUUUAGCUGCCUUAACCUAGAGAAUCAUCCCACAGGUAGCCAAGAUGGGAACGGGGCAAGCAGGGGUCUGCUAAAAGCAGGCCGGCAGCUGUAGGUGAAAUGUGCCAACGGUACUCUAGCUCUAAUCCCUUACGGUUGCAGUUCUGCACCUGGGAUCUCAGGGCAAUUCUUUUCUCCAUUGAGUCAACCCAAUCCCUGAGCAGCAGGCUGUUGCUCAGUCAUGAUCUGCCAGUGGUCCCCUUGCUCAUCCUGGAAUGACUAGGAGCUGUUUCCUGUUUCAUGCAGAGGCAGAGAGGCAGAUAAGUUCUGGGUGAGCAUCCCAAUGUGUUGUUCAACUGGCUGAUGUCUUGCUGGUGGGGACUUGCCUUCCUGGGCUGGCGUCUCCCACCCCCCGGAUUAUUGGCAUCGAGCUCCUGGUGGAUUAGCAACAGUCCUUCGGCUUGUCUUAGUCUGGCUGUUUGGACUGAUGCGUUUGCUCUCCUCUGGGCAUGAGCCGAGCGCUGGCAGAGCUUCACUGAGCAAAUGUGGAAUCAAGGCUUAUUGAUAAAUUGAUGAAUCUUUCAGA